GACGGAGGGAAAUAACUCAGAAAGAAGAGAGAGAGAGAGAGAGGGUUUUGAUUUUCGUAUGGUUAGGGUUUAGGGUUUAGCUGAUUGAGUGAGAGGUUGUAAGGGGGAAUGGAAAGCAACAAAGUUAGCAGUGAGGGAAAUGCAAUUCGAAUCGAGAAUCCAUUUGCUUUGAAGGUGGGUCAAGUGUUUACGGGUUUUGGAAUCGGCUGUGGAGUAGGCAUCGGCGUUGGACGCCCUUUAAAUUUAGGUGCAAUACCUAUGUUGAAUCAAGUAAUGAGUGCCACCAGAGGUGCAACCGAUGCAUUUUCUGGCGUUAGCAGGCAUGUCAAUACCUCUUUGAGGAAGUUGGGAGCUAAAAAUAUUGAAGUGGGCAUUGGAUGUGGAGUUGGUUUUGGUCAUGGUUUUGGAGUUGGCCUUGCUGUGAAACCAGGGGUGUUGAAUCAAAUUCAAUCUUGUCUUAUAGUAGCAAUGACAAAGAUGAUGAUGAAGUUUGGACUUACUCCCAGUUUGCCCUUUAGUCAGGGUGCAUUUCCAGCAUCCUUGCAAAGUGCCAUAAGCACGGUCAAUACUAACCAAAUGUCUACAGGAAGCAUGAUGCAGUUGGCAACUAAAUCAGCCGACCAAGUAUCACAAGGUCUGGCAGGGUCUCAGCCUAUGCAUAUUGGUUCGGCUUUUGAAAAUACUACAUUAAAAGGCACUGCAGUUGACUCUGAAUCUGGCAGCCGAACUGAGAAGGUUAUUAGCAACUUUCUGCAAAAUCCAUUAUUGAAGGGAGAAGGAGGAGGACUUGAUGAAGCAGCUGGACGCUUGCAGACAGAGAACAAAAUACUUCAGAUGGUUUUGAAGCACCAGCAAAUCAUUGAAGAACUUGUGGAGGAAAAUGAGAAGCUUCGCCAGAUACUAGUGGAGGACCUGAAAAUACCAUCUAGCAAACUUCAAACAAGUUCUUCAGAGCGUAACGUCCCCAACUCCAAAAGAGAGAAUGAUAGUCAAAAAGAGUAGAGCUAAAAGAAAAAAAAAAAAAUCUUACAACGUGAUGUAGAAUUUCUAUGCCUAAGUAUUAUUUUGACAACUACGUUUUUUUAAUGUGCGAGUGUGGAAUAUUCCCUCAAUGAUUUCAGUUGAACUGAAUUGUUUAGUAGCGAUCACGGAUCCCUUUGUAAGUGACAACUAACAAGCGAAGCAAAGAGGGUGUAUAUAUAUAGAUACAUCCAGAAAUUUUAUAAUUUUGUUAUUGCGAUGGAAUCUAAUGCUUUAUUAUGUGUGGUACAACAU